CACGCGUCCGCGGUUGCCUAGCAGCGCGGGGUCCGGGCAUGGCGGCCACGGCAGGGAGAGAGAGCGGGAGCGGGAGCUGGAGCGCGCCCAGCACCGUGAGCGCGGCCGUGAGCGCGCACCUGCGCCAGCUGUGUCUGCGCGAGUUCCCGUGCGGCACCGGCAGCUGGAACAGAUCCCGCUUUCUUCCUCCGAAGUUUCGAGCCUGGAAGGAGCUGGUGCCUGGGGAGGAGGAGGCCCUGGGCCCCGAGGAGGAGCCGGUGGAGGCCCUACUGGGUCUGGUGCGCAGCCCCCAGUCGCCCUGGGCUCUGUCUGAGGACUCCAGUGCGGAGGACCGGUUCCUCCGGGAGCUAGCCAUCCAGAGCCCGAUGAUGAUCAGAGACACCUUCUUCUACUCCUACUUCCGGUCCUUGAGGGUGGUGGACAAGCAGGUGACCCAGGUGGACCGAGGCCUCCUGAAGUUCGUGAAGCUGGAGGAGCUGGUCCUGAGCGCCAACCGGAUCAAGGAAGUGGAUGCCACCAACUUGCCCCCCACACUCAAGGUGCUGGAGCUGUACGGCAACGAGCUGGCCAGCAUGGAGUGUCUGUGCGCACACCCGCCACCUGGCCUGCACCACCUGGGGCUGGGCCAGAACCAGCUGUGCGGGGCCUCCGAGAGCCUCUACCUCACGACCAGUCACUGGCCCAACCUCAUCUCGCUGGACCUGGGCUUCAACGACCUGAUGGACCUGCCGGCCAUGGUGGCGGCGCUACGCUCGCUCGGCCGCCUGCGGCUGCUGGUGCUGCAGGGGAACCCGCUGGCGCUGCUGCCGCACUACCGCGGCUUCACGGUGGACAGCCUGGCGCGGCUGUGCGUGCUGGACGACGUCACCGUGUCCGCACAUGAGAGGCACCAGUGCCGCGGGCUGGGCCAGCAAGGCGAGCUCCUGGCGCAGGAGGCGCAGCUACUGGUGGCCGUCCGGAACAUCACGGGGGUCGUGGACUCCUCUGUCUUGGACCCUGAACCGGGGCCCGAGGGCCCCUUUGUCACCUACAGCUACUACGUCACCUACGACUUCCUCGAAGAGGAGGAGGCCGAGGCGGAGGCCGGCGAGGCCAGCAAGUACGGCGAGGUCCUGGCCGAGAUUGUGAAGCCCCGGUCCAGCACUGAGCCGCUCAGGGAGGAAGUCCCUGAGGAGGGCACUGAGGAGGACAUGGCCAUGGCCGAGGAGUCCCUGGAGUCGGUGGAGACCAUGGAGCAGGUGGAGUCCGAGUCCUCGCUGGUCUCGGGCCGCUCCGCCCCCAGGCCAUCUUCUAUUGAGUCGGCUGAGGAGCUGGUGAAGCUGCGGCCGCACGUGGAUCCCCGGCUAUGCCCCGCACCAGGGACGGUGCUCUUCAGCACAGAGCACAAGCCCUGGGCCAAUGUCAUUGCCUGCGGUUACGAGGCGCAGCACAGCGUCAAGGACCUGAGACCCUUCAAGGCCUUCCUGCUGGCGGGGACCGUGGUGACCAUCGUGGAGGAGAAGAUCCUCUCCUGGCCUGUGGUGACCCCUCCUACUGACAGUCCCCUGGCAGCCAAGAAAGGAAAAGGGGUGAAUGACAAAAAGAAGGACAAGGACAAGAAGGACAAGGACAGGAAGGACCAAAAGGGGAAAAGAGCAGAGGAACCCACCAGGGAAUGGAAGGCAUCGCAGAAGAAGAGAGACAUCCCCAAGGAGCUGCGCCAUGACCCGCCCGUGCUGCAGGUGCUGGGCAGCGGCCUGGUGGCCCUGGAGCCCCUGCUGGCUGGGGAGUCUGUGGUAUCCACUGUGUGCAACUUUGGUGUGGUCCGCACCCCGGAAUCGGACAGGCUGACAUUCGCCAGGGACUCAAAGAAAGUUAAGAAAGGAGUCAAGAAAGAAGGGCCUGGGAAGGCAGCAGCUCCGGCCUUCGAGAGCGACUACCAGCCGGCGCCGCUGACCGUGGAGGUGGAGAUCCAGCUGGGCCAGGUCCGCUCGGUGGAGGAGGCGCUGCGCGCGGUCGCCAACCGGGCUCAGUAAAGUGGUGCGAGGAGCCAA